UGCAUUGCGCCGCGCGCAUCUCCCCCUGUCUCCUUACGAGACAGACAGAGCCACCUCACCCCACUCCCCCUCCACUCUCGCUCCCCUCCCGACACCCAAGGCCAUCCAAGAAAGCGAGAGCGCACAGCGAUGGCGGACGCGUCGUCGGCGUCGCCGCUCCUGCCGCCUACGGGAAAAUCAGCCACCGCGGCCCGGUACGCGCGGUGCACUUCGCACGCGCACGACGAGCUCCGCAGCUUCCGCGCCUGCCUCGGCUGGCUGUGCGUCGACCACUCCUCCAGGCCGAGCUCGGCGGCGUCGUGGGCGGUGUUCCUCCUCCUCGCCGUCGUCGUGCCCUCGGCCGUCCGCCUCGCAACGCCGGGAUCCGCGACUCCCAGGCCCUUCGACGGUCAGGUCCAGGUCUUCCUCACCCUGGCCGCGUCCCUCGCCUACCUCACCCUCGCCGACCUCCUCCGCCGCGCCGGCGGGCUCCGGCGCCUGCUAUACCUCGACAGCCUCCGCCGCGACUCCGAGGACGUCCAGGCCGGGUACAGCGCGCAGCUCGCGCGCUCCUUCCGCGUCCUCGCCUGCUUCGCAUUCCCCUGCUCCCUCGCCGACACCGCGUACAAGGUCUACUGGUACUGCGCCGCGGCGCCGUCCUUCCGCUCGCCGUGGUGGGCCGCCGUGGCCUGCGCCGUCGAGAUCGCCUCGUGGGUGUACUGCACCGCGCUCUUCUUCAUGGUCUGCGUGCUCUUCCGGGUCAUCUGCUACCUGCAGAUACUGCGGAUGGUCGGGUUCGCGCGGGAGUUCGGCAGGUUCGCCGACGUCGCCACCGUGCUUCAGCACCACCGCCGGAUCAGGGAACAGCUCAGAAAGAUCAGCCACCGAUACCGGAAGUUCAUAGUCUGCAGCCUCGUGCUCGUCUCCGCCUGCCAGUUCGCCACGCUGCUCGCCACAACGAGGCCGCACGCCACCGUCAACCUUGCCACCGCCGGCGAGCUCGUGCUCUGCUCGAUCAGCCUCGUGGCGGGGCUGCUGGUGUGCCUCUACAGCGCGGCCAAGAUCACGCACAAGACGCAGGCGAUGACGAGCGUGGCCGCGGCGUGGCACGCCGACGCCACCGUCCACGCCUUCGACAACGACCAGGAGAACCCCGACCCGGACCUGCCGCCCACCGCCGGGUACCUGGCGCCCGCGAACGCGUACCGGCUGGCCCCCGGCGACGAGUCCGGCAGCGACGACGACGACAGAAGGAGCGAGACCUCCUCCCUCGACGACCCCAAGUACGUCCCGUUCCUGGCCAACGACAUCUGCUUCCAGAAGAGGCAGGCGCUGGUGACGUACCUGGAGAACAACCGGGCCGGCAUCACGGUGUACGGCUUCGUCGUGGACCGGGCGUGGCUCCACGCGCUGUUCAUGAUCGAGUUCUCGCUCGUCAUGUGGCUGCUCGGGAAGACGGUCGGGAUUUCCUGAAGGGUGGCCAGCUCUCUCUGCCGAAGAGCCUAUUAUUGGAUGUACAAAUUGAGUGCAGAUACUUCAGUAACAGUAACAGUACACUACCACUUCGUCCAUGGUCCACAUGAGAGCAGUGUAACCAUUCUGAUGGAGCAGUAUUUGCUUUUUCUUUA